AAAGCCUAUUUAUUCGUUAAUGAAAUUUUGUAGAAUUACCUCCUGUGAAAACAACGUAUAACUACAAUAACUGUCAUUUGUUAUGUGUCUACCAGGGGGUAAUUAAAGUAUAAGGGUUUUACGUGUGUUAUUGUAUCUGCCGCUUAAGUUAUACCUGCUUCAGGAUUAGAUGGAAUAAUGAGAAAUGUUCGUCAUAAGAAGGCGUACUGGUACUAAUAUACUGAUGUUAUGGUAUGUUUCAUAGCUGAACCAAUAUUUCAUGGACAUUUACUUAUACAAUUACAGAGGGAUGUUGUGUCUAUCUGGUAAAGAAAAAAGUCUUUUAAUACUUUUUCUUUUAUUACUCAAUCCAGUUGACCUAUCUUAUGACAUACGUACCUAACAAUACGCUCGUAUCAAGAACUUGCUGUCAAUGGUUGAGAACUUUCGGAGAAGGUCGUUACUUGUUGGUUGACAAAAGAAAGUACUUAGAAAUAUUGGAGUUGUGACUUCCUUGUCUUUAUAUUUUAUUGUGUUUCUUUUGCGUCAAGUCUUGUUGUCUUUGGGCUGGUCCCAUGAAGUCUGUGACGUGGUGUAACACGAUCAUUAUUACAUUUAUUAAUGAAAAAAGUUUACAUUGCCUGUGUGAAUGGAACAUUUAUAUAUAUUGUUUGUUUGCAAGCCUUUCGCAAGAUGUUAUCGUUCAAAGAAAGUCCAUUUAUGCGGCGACCAAGUCUACCAUCCAGCGACGCAACCUUUAUUUUGAAUGGUUUAGAAAAUUUAAUACCAAAUUUGAACACCAAUAUCAAGAAAAUGCUAAAUUUGGAUCUCCCCGUACAUUCUCAGCAACGCCGUCAUUCUAUGAAUGAUAUACCGAUGAUCGAAGUCAAACCACCGUCACCAGGGACACCACCGGCACGACGUCCGUCAUAUAUUGCAGAUAACCUAAAUAAAGUUUUAAACGAAACUCUUGAAAUUUGUAGAAUAAAGAUUCGUCGCUGCUCUGCCCCAUCAAUGCAAUCAUUUCUCGACGUCGAAAAGCCGACGGAUAAACCACGUCGAGUGUCGAUGCCGUGUAUUUCAGCUGAACAUUUGCUACAAGUUCCAAAACCGAGUAAAAAUAAACGAAGACAACGUCGUCAUAGUUUACCAUCUGUAGCACUAUCGUCACAAAGUGACGACGCAUUAAAGCCGCCUGGGAGACGAAAUAAGCGGCAUAGCGUGACGAACUUUUCGUCGGGUCAAGAUCUAUAUUCUGCAUACAGAAGCCAAACAAAUAUUCCAUUUAAAGUUCAUGAAAUUUAUAUCUCUGGCAAUCAUAAUAGCUUGGUACACUUAGAAAAAAACAUAAAUAAUGACGUAAUUAAUAACGAUGACCUCAUAGUAAACAUGGCAGCUAGUAUUGAAUCAAAACAAAGCGGUUCACGCGAGAUCAAAAAAGAUUUUUCAGUCCAUACAUCGUAUGACGUCAAUUAUCAUGUACCGGUAACACAGGAUGGAGAGAGACAAUUAAAAACCGAGUCAGCUGAUUAUUCAAAUAGCUUUUUAUUACACGAGAGUGAAAAGCAAUUAAAAAAUAAUAAGGGCUUGGACAAUUCAUUGAUUAACGAGACGCAAAGCUGUAAAACUUUUAACACAAUUAAUUCGCAGGACGCGCUUGAAAAUCAACUUAAUUUACAAGACAACGGCGAUUCGAAUAUCACGGAAGACUUCAAAAAGUUGAGAAGUGGAUUUAUUGAACAAACAUUUACACGAGAAGUUACGCCUUAUCGUCACAUAUCAAGCUGUGAAAGUUUUAAUAACAAUACAAUCAAAUUACAAGAUUUGAAUAAUCGAGAUAAAAACAACAAUACUAGUUGUCUCGAUUAUACAGACUUGAAGAAUAAAGGCGGUUGUAUCGAAACAAACGGUUUUUGUGGUGUAGCUAAGAAUACUUCACUUGGCUCGCAACAAUUAAUUGAACGUUGUGAAGAUUUUGAAACACGAGAACUACUUAAUGAGCAUAAAGAGUUACACGCACAGAAAGAACGCAACGUGCAACAGAAGCUAGAAGAGAAGAAGAAUAUUAAAAGUUUUUCAAGUAAAAUGAAGUUCGACGUGAAAACAGAAACUCUUAUCGACUUUAACGUAACAGAAGAAAUGAUCGAUAUAAAGAAAUUUCAGGAUCGAGAAAAAUUAGUGCUCGAUUUGAGUGUGAACGACGAGUUGUUCCACACGACAACGACAGCUGAUGUUGAUGUCACUUUAACCGAUGACGUCGUUAAUAAUAGAGAAAAUGCGAUAUCGUCGGAAAAUACCGGAAAUUGGUUAAUUGACACCAACAGCAAAACAGAUUCCAAAGUUACUAAAUAUAAUGAGAGAUCUUCUAACAAAAACAAAAUUGAAUCCUUGUCUGCUACUAGCUCCCCGACUAAAAGUCAUUUACCAGAACCACUAGAAAAGGCUAGCAGCAUGUCUCAUUUAGACAACUUUGUACGAACAUCGAAACAUUUACUUCAGCGGGGACAGCGAGCAAUUUCAUUACAUGAAGAUUCUAUAAAACACUCAGAUAUGUUUAAUUCAUUAGGUUCCACCCGUCAACCCGGUAGUCAUGGCAACCUUGAAGAAAAAACGUCAGGCUCUUUAGAUGAAUUAGAGACAAACCAGAAAUUACGACCAGUUCGAAUGAACAAAGAAUUUGCGAACGCUAUGUUUCGCAAAGCAGUCAGUUUGUGCGAACUACAAAACAUGAAACUGAAAGAAAACAUGGCAAAGAUUGAAAAAAGAUUUAUUUCGACUGAAGUUAUCAGCAAAGACGUCGAAGAAGACACGGAUGAGUGGUUUCCACGUCUGUCGUACAAAGAUUGCUCGUCUUGUACAUCAUGUCGGUCAAGAUCGUCGUCAUAUCAUUCGCUGCUUUACGAUGAAGACACGGCAACGAAUUAUCAAAUUUAUCAGCCGACGGUAUGUGACGUUAAUGAUAACACGAAAAUCACGUCAAAAAAUAACGACGAAACGGUUUCUCCGACCGAUAAAAUGGCGGCCUUUAAGUCGAAAAAGGACAUGUUUGUGAAGCAAAGCCACACAGCUUUGGGGAGUUUUAAAGAGAAACUUCGGAGAACAAAAUCCAAAACAUAACAUGCAAGAAGUUUUUAGUUUUAUCUAUUUAUUUACUUGUUAAGUUUUUAAAUCCUUUUAAAAUAUAGAUUUUUAUUUAUUUA